UCCUCCUCCUCCUCCUCCUCCUCUUCCCUCCCCGCGCGGCCUCGGGGCUCCCUGGGGGGCGCGGCGCCCCCCAUCCCCUGAUGUCGCAGCAGCCGGCGCUGCAGCCGUUCGAGGACGCGGCGCUGAAGGUGUUCCUGGGCGAGCUGCGGUGGCUCGAUUGCGACGCGCAGGGGCGCACGGUCUGGGCGCGCCUGCCUCGGCGGCCAAGCCGCGUGUGGGUGCAGGCGCGCGGCUGGCCAGGGACACUCGCGCUGCAGCGCGUGGCGUGGCUCCAGGGCCACGUGGUGUGCCGGGACGGCGACGACGUCGUGGACCUGGACGAUGGCUCCGCCGUGAUCACCCGAUCCUUGGACGUCGGAGACCUGCUCACGGCGCAGCCCGCGGCGGGCGGCUGCCUCCAGGUUGGGCGCUACGUGUCCUGCAUAUGCGCCGUGGAGGCGCUGCCCGAGGGCCUGUGGGGCGUGGACCUGCGCGUGGAGAGCGCCCGCGAGGUGGGCGGGCCGGGCGGUGCGCUGUCGGAGCCCGCGUGGUGGCUGGAGGUGGCAGAGGCUCACCGACGGCUGGAAGCCGCCGCCUCGGCCGCGGCGGGGCCAGGGUGACCGAGGGCGUCGUCGCUGCCGCCGCCGCGCGCGCGCGCGCUGGCCGGCGGGAAAAGCGCGGCCCAAGGAGGAG